UUCUAUAAAGUUUGGCAAUUGUUUCAUGAAGAAAUGUAAAAUAAUAAAAAAUAAUAAUAAUUGUUGUGUGCCAUGGCCAGUUCUUCUUGGUGUGCAGCAGGCCAGUUGGGCUGUGAGGAGGAUGAUGAAGAAGACUACAUGUCUGAUAAUUUCCUGGCCAAAUGCACACAAGAAAUGAAGGACAUCAGACCAGGCAUGCCCAUGUCCUACGCAGCCAAGAGAAAACUAGAAAUGGAGAAAAAGAAAAAAGAGGAAAUCAUGGCUGCUAGGCUCAAGAAGAAGAAUCAGCCAUCAGCUCGAGAAAGGCUAGAAGAUGGGUUGAAUUCUGCUCUUGGAGAAAGCAAUAAGGGGUUUGCCAUGCUUAUGAAGAUGGGAUACAAGCCAGGAACCAGUCUUGGUGACAAAGGUGCAGGAGGUGGUUGUGUGGAGCCUAUCAAAGUUGAGCUAAAAGGAGAUAGGGGUGGGCUGGGUUUGAAACAAAUGCUCAUGGAGAAGAAAAGAGAAAAGGAACAAAGAUAUCUUGCCAAAAUGAAGAAAUUAGCAUUGGAGUUUGAUCCUGAUGUUUUCAGAGAACGAAAGCGACAGGAAAAUAUGGGCAAACAGCUAGAAGCAGACCUGGCACGAUGCCAACGAGUUUGCUUUACUCUUGACUCAGAUAAUGGAAUUGAAGAGCCCAUGGAGAGUUAUUUCUGGCCGCCCCACUUGCUGCCGGCCCAUGAGGGGCAAGGUGACGAUGAAGACGAUGCAGCUGAAGAGGAUGACGCGGUGCUUGAGUACUGGCAGGUAGAGGUGCGAGUAGAUGUUGUGGCAAGCUACCUGAGACUCUCCUACCACUACUGCGUGUGGUGCGGCACAGCCUACGAGGACGAGGCUGACAUGACGGACAACUGUCCCGGGACGACCAAGGAAGAGCACGACUCCUAGAGACUCUCAAAUUAACACUCGGGGCUUUUUCUUUUUGUACGCAACUGUACGCCAAGGAUUUACAUACAAGGAUUUUGUACGCCAAAGCAACAACAUUCAAACCUAAUUUUCACUUACGACGGAACAACUUAUCAUCAACAAACAUACGGAAAAUUUCCCUAAAUGAGGUAUAUAUUGUCGACCCGAUGAUCUUCGAUGCCUUGACUGCAGUAGGUGACGGCGGCUGGUAUCCAGUCUACGCACUGAUCGCUGCCAGAGCUUCAUAUUUACCACUCAAUGGAGAUAUUUUUCUGACCUCCCUGGCUUAUGUGAUGCUAAGAGUAAGUAAAUAUAUAAGUUACGUCGAAGUUAUCCUGCUCUUUACCUAUUUAAGACUGAAAUUUGCUUGCCUCAUCUAUGAAACAAUUAGCGAAAGUCCAUACAUUGAUGGUGUCUGAUCCUGUGAAAUCAAAUGCAAACUGGAAUUGCUGGUUCCAAUUCUUACGUUUUGUCGCUUUGUAAAUAAAUGCUAAAUGUAACGUCAGGAUGGCAAUUAUUUAUUCAUUCAACGAUUUUUUCAAAUAUAUUACUGAAUUGCCUUCAAAUAAAAUGUUAAAAACCAUGGCAAAAGUCAUCUGGCAUGAAUAAGUAUGGUGAGAUAGGACCGAAAGCAUUUCAGGUUAUUUUUUAUUACUCUAAUUUUUCACUCCCCGUAUGUGAGUUGAAAUAGACUUCAACGGCAAAAGACUACAAACGUAACGAACUUCAAAAUUAGUUAGACGCAUAUUGCACAUGUCCACGCUUCUAUACGGUCCUGAAUUUCCACUUAAAUUGCACGCCUAACGGAUUACUUUAAGUUUGAUGAGCUGGGAGUUGCGAUGAUCUGCCGUUAGCUACAAAAUCAUUAAGCUAAACAUAAUAGAAGCGUUACUAAUUUAACUAUUAAUGGGAUGGACUGAUUAUAACUUCUCGUUAGAACUUUUUUAAGCAAUGAAGCAGUAGUUUUGGCUUCUCCACACUCCGAAGCUCGUGAUUCUUGUCGUGUUGAGUCGCUCAGUCAACAUUGUCCAGCGACUCUAUUUGUAGCGCGCGUUUCGAUUGAAUGGCGUCAUAGGAUGUGAUCUGACUGGAUUGUUACGUGUACUAAAUUAUUGCAUUAAUAGAAGAAUUUUCAUUUAUUCAACUUGCUUUUGUUUUUAAUUUGUAACUUUACGCGAUAAACACGAGACAGUUCUAUUCUUUCUAUCCUUAAACAUGAGGUGCAUACCGUUAGUGUACUGAUUUGAUUGGUUCUAUGCCGAAGUUUAUUAUUUUUCACAGUUUUUGUUCAUGUUAGUUUAUACAUUGCAAUCUGUCAUACAGUAAUUUAGAACCCGAUUGUUUCAAUGCAUUCCAUCGACAAGCUUUCAUACGGUAAUUUGAUAUUAUUUUGAAAUCUUAGGAGAAACUCGAUAACUGCCGUUAAAUAUAAAGGGAGAAAUCGAGGUAUCGGCAUUUACAACAUGGAGCUUGUUGAUGGCACUUAAGAUUAGUCUCAUCCUGCCAGUUCGGAGGAUUGAUGUCGAUGGGGACUUCAUCAACAUCGCCUUCAACAGCGAUGUUUAUGUUAAAUAAACACAAAUUUACUUCAA